AUGGAGGCCCUGUCCCCGCGCAGCACAAAUCAGAUGAUAAAGCCCAAGCCUGUGGUAGACAAGAAGAUGGGUGAAAGACACGAUAAAAAUGCUGCUGGUGUUGCGCCAAAGCCCUCCACAUCGAAGAACCAUGCCGAUCCGCCGCCGUCAAUAGUCACCGAGCCUGAGGAUGGAUCAGAGCGGUACGCAAUUGGCGGUUUCCUGGGAAAGGGAGGAUUUGCUGUAUGCUACGAAGGCACAUUAGCGCGCAAUAAUCGAGUAUUCGCAAUGAAAGUUGUGAAAUCGCACAUGCCACAGAAAAAGAUGGAGGAGAAGUUUCGAACGGAGCUCCAAAUUCAUUCCAAGAUGCGACACCCUUUUAUUGUUCAGUUCUUCCGCGCAUUCGCAUUCGGCCAAAGCACAUACGUUGUUCUCGAGCUGUGUCCGAACGGCUCAGUGAUGGAUAUGGUUCGAAAGCGAAGGUGUCUCAGCUUGCCGGAGGUGCGCAGAUUCAUGAUUCAGCUCUGCUCGGCUGUCAAGUAUCUACACAAACGGUUCGUGGCCCACCGCGACUUAAAGAUGGGAAACUUGUUUUUGGACCACAACAUGAACCUCAAGGUUGGAGACUUUGGACUGGCUGCAAUAAUUUUGUCCGACAAGGACGCAAAGCGACGGAACACGUUAUGCGGAACGCCCAAUUAUAUCGCACCAGAAGUACUUGAUAAAAGCAAAGGUGGUCACACCCAAAAAGUCGAUAUCUGGUCACUUGGUGUUAUUUGUUUUGCAAUGUUAACUGGUUAUCCGCCGUUCCAAUCGAAAACUCAAGAAGAAAUUUACAAGAAAGUACGAAGCCUGACAUACGUUUGGCCCAAGGAAUCAGAGCACAACAAUUAUAUACCCGACGAGGCGAAAGACCUCGUUAGCGCCUGUCUGAACCUUGUGGAUGAAGAACGACCUGAUCCCGAUGACAUUGUUGAGCAUCCAUUCUUCAGCAUGUAUGAUGGCUGCAUUCCUCGCCAACUGGAUCCCGCUUGCCGCUUCAACAAACCGAUCUGGCUGAAAGAUGCCUCCCCUCGUGGUGAUGCGAUGAUCCGGGGUUAUGGCUUAGAUUCUGAUGAGAAGUUACGCGCCUAUGUGUAUCAAGUGGAUGACCCAAGCCAACGGUACCAUUCAUGCAAGGCGGCUUUCUAUUCCUUGUGUGGUGUGGGACGAAAGCCUGAUGGGACAGCUCGGAAAUCUGUGGGUAGGAACUGUUCGAAAUCAGCGUACUCCGAAUGUGAAACCGAGGAUUCCAGAGGUCUGCGCCCGACGAUUCCUUUGCCAGAUGACUUUGUGUAUCGAUGGCCACAUGAUUAUGACGGCGAUUGGUGCUUGAUGGACAGCUCAAGGAAGGCAAUCCGGACAGAAGAGUCUGUCCUUGAUAGUAGCAUUUUAUCCAAACGCAGUGUGUCUUCUCGUCCCAACCCAUUGGCAACGACCAGAACCAGUGCAGCGCUUGCUGCUGCACAGCAACGGAAAAUGGAGGGACAGAACCAUGCCGCGACUCUUCGGCAACAAGCACGCCCGGGAAUGGACUCUGUUCGCAGAGCUCCUGGAAUGCCCGAGUCUUCCUCACGACCUUACCGCGACCCCAGGGAGUCCGAAAACUUGCUAGCUGCCACUGACGCACCUUCGGGCGGCCUGGCCGAACGCCCUAUUCGUACUCGCAGAAUGGUUUCCGCUUCUAACGCUCCCAGUUUGAAAGAGACUAUGGCGCCGCAAUUGACGAAACCUACCAGCGUCCCGUCUGGUCUCACAUAUGGCAAAACGCGAUCGCAAUCUCGAAGACUAGAGGCCGCCGGACAAGGGCCAUCUCCUUCUAUCCCUGAAUCCCUCUCAUCUUCUCGGCCGGAAGAUCCUCGAACAAUAGUCCGCCAGCCAUCUUUGCGAUCACUAGCGCGGCAAGACCCAAGGAUUACUGCAGAAAGAGCUGAGCGGCCAAGGGACAUUCCGAUGGAAAUGGCUUCUGCGUCAAAUCAAAGCUCCAAGUCUAGUUCGCAGGGCCUCGCCCGCUCAAACAGCAAGACAGGAUCACAGAGAGCUCGUUCCAGCCUUGGCCUGAGUCCCCUUUUCCAUCAAGAAGAUCUCUGCGAGCUCCUGCCUGGAACAUCUCUCAGCGAUGUCAACACCGAUAUUCGUCUGAUGUUAUCUAACCUGAUAAGCCACGCUCCUGCUCGACGUCGCGGUAGCUCAAGAAAACAGCCACAUGCGUACGUCAUCAAAUGGGUGGACUACACCAACCGCUACGGCAUUGGUUAUGUUCUCGACGAUGGAAGCGUGGGAUGUGUUUUCCGAGGAGAGAACGGCCAACCCGCAACGAGCGUUCUGGUGCGCGAUGGGGAAAGACACAUUCGUCGUAAGGCGCGCAGUGUAGACAGCGAGGAAGGAAAGGGCAUCCCGUACUCCGAGGCAGACCAGCUGAUCCCUCGCAAUGGCAAUCCCGUGGAAUUUUACGAAAAUCACGACGAUGAUCUCCUGGGAUGUCGUGGCAUCCGCAGGUCCUACGUCUCCCCAUCUUUGUUUGACGCUAAGAGCGCCCGAGUCAUGAAGUUGCGUGUCAGCGGCGGCUCGGACAUUGAUAGAGCAGAUGCCGAGAAGAUCAAGCGCAUCAAGUUGGUCGACCAAUUCGGUAAAUAUAUGAUCGGGUCCCUUGGUCGACAUGGCGAUGAAGGUCUGAAUGAUGAAGUCUCGGCCCAUACGAACGGUCAAUUCAUCAAAUUCUACCAGCGACUUGGGAACGUCGGCAUCUGGGGUUUCGGCGAUGGUGCCUUCCAGUUCAACUUUCCCGAUCACACCAAGCUCGUCAUCUCACCCGGUCGUACUCGCAGCUCCUCACCUUGGGUUGACUUCUACCAUCUUUCGCCCUCGGCGGCCCGCUACUUCUCCGCGAAGGGUAAAAUGCAUCCCGCCGGAUUUGAUACUCGUGCAGUGGCCUCGGAUGAAGCAGCGACGUUCCUCAACAUUGCCAAUGGUGGCUCUGCCAAUUCGGUUGAGGACCGAAUUCGCGAUAUCCUCGACGCCAAUUCAUUCGUCCAAAAGAUUAGCUUCAUCCAAGAUGUUCUGAAAGGGUGGAUCAAGCACGGUCGGCUAGGUGGUCGUCCUUUGGCCAAAAGCACCACUGCUGAUGGGUCCGUGCCGCCUGAAAUGUUCUGGCAGGGCGUCCAAGAGCGUUCACAGACCGGGGUCCACGGAUCCAAGUUCGUCUGGGUGACUGUUGGCGCCCCCGAUGGUGAUGGGGAGUACCGAUCGGUUUUGUUGAAGGACGGAGACCGCGAAAAAGUGGCGAAGAGGGCCGCAAUGGAUGUGGACAAAGAGGUGGAUCUGAUUAAAGAGCGGUUGCGUGUUCUAGGUCGCGAGUGA